AUGCCGAAAGCGGUCAAGGGAGCUCUACUCCAGUGUGAUCCGCCUCAGAUGGCUAUGGUACGGAAGAUUGACCGCGAAUCCAACAACGCAUACAUCAUCGAAGAAAUCGACGAUCACACUUGUUUGGUCAAGGAGACUAAAGUGGAAGAGAUCAAAGCGCGGGUCAAGGAGCUCAUGGAUGCAGCCAUGGGCAUGGACGAGGAUGAUAACGACGACAAGGACAGCGACCUGGAUUGA